AUGGCUGCCGAAAACAAGCCGGAAGGACUGAAGAAAGUUCGUAAUCCGGAUCGAAUGUACAGAUCAGCAGUGUGUUAUGCUGGCCAUGGUCCACCUAAGAGUAUCAGUGAUGACACAGAGACGAACAAUGAACAUGGACAUUUGAAAAUAUACCUGCCCAAGAAGCUGCUUGAAUGUCUACCAAAAUGCACCUCGCUGCCAAAGGAGAGACACCGGUGGAACACUAAUGAGGAGAUCGCAGCUUACUUGAUAACAUUUGAAAAGCAUGAAGAAUGGCUAACGACAUCCCCUAAAACAAGGCCGCAGAAUGGGUCGAUGAUAUUGUACAAUAGGAAGAAGGUGAAGUACAGAAAGGAUGGCUACUGUUGGAAGAAGAGGAAAGACGGGAAGACCACACGGGAGGAUCACAUGAAGUUGAAAGUACAGGGAGUUGAGUGUUUGUAUGGCUGCUACGUACACUCCUCCAUCAUCCCCACCUUCCACCGUAGGUGCUACUGGCUGCUCCAGAACCCUGAUAUCGUGCUCGUCCACUAUUUGAAUGUUCCAGCCAUUGAGGAUUGUGGGAAACCAUGCGGUCCGAUCCUGUGCUCCAUCAAUACAGACAAGAAGGAGUGGGCCAAAUGGACCAAGGAGGAGCUGAUCGGCCAGCUCAAGCCCAUGUUUCAUGGCAUCAAGUGGACUUGCAGCAAUGGGAACAGCAGCUCUGGCUUCUCAGUGGAGCAGCUAGUGCAACAGAUUCUGGACAGCCACCAAACUAAGCCACCUCCCCGGACUCACAACUGCCUCUGCACAGGCACCCUGGGUGCAGGGAGCAGCGUGCACCACAAAUGCAACAGCGCCAAACACCGCAUCAUCUCCCCGAAGGUGGAUCCCCGCUCAGGGGGCUACAGCAGCGCUCACUCUGAGGUGCAAAACAACGAUGUGUCGGAGGGGAAGACCGAGCAUAGCGCCCAUGGCGGAGGCAAAGGCUCCGGGGGAGGAGGCGGAGGCGGCGGUGCCAGGGAGAAACGCAAUGGCAAAGUCCACAAGCCUGUCCUGCUGCACCAGAACAGCACGGAGGUGUCAUCCACCAACCAGGUUGAGGUCCCUGACACCACGCAGAACUCCCCCGUCUCCAUCAGCAGCGGCCUCAACAGCGAUCCAGACAUAGCUGACAGCCCUGUGGUGACAGGGAUGAGCCACGUGGCUUCUGUCAUGUCUGGCCUGUCCCAGAGUGUCUUUAUGUCUGAAGUCACUGGAGACCCUGUCUACAGCAUGUCUCCCACUGGGGGUCCCAACAGUCACCUGAUGGCUGCAGAUGCCACCUCACAGGGCUUGGUGCUGUCUGUGACCUCUGAUCGUCACAAAUUUGCCUUCCCCAGCGGAGGAGUAGGGGAACCUGGCACUCCCGCGGCAGGAGACAGUCUGUCCAUGCUGUCUACGGCUGGGGUGUCUGAGGAACUGGUGCUCUCCAGCAGUCUGGACUCUGGAACCAUCAAGAUCCCAGAGACCAAUAUGAACUUUGACCCUGACUGCUUCCUGAACAACCCCAAACAGGGCCAGACGUAUGGAGGCAGUGCGAUGAAGACAGAGGGCAACUCUUCCUCAACUUCGUCUUCCUCUGGUGGCAACAAUAGCACCAAUGGCAGCCUGCAGCGCUCCCCCACCAUGUCAGACAAUGGCUACACCUUCAGCUCAGCUUUGGUAAAGAAUAUCAAGACAGAAGACACAUCCUUUGAGCAGCAGCUGGCCAAAGAGAGUGGCUACCAGGUGGGGGCAGUAGUAAACUGUGGCAGCGGGGUGUCUGUGUCAUCUGGUGCUGGUUCAGGCCAGGGCAGCCUUACUCUGACCGCAGCAGGCUCCCUGCUUCCUUCUGGUGGGGGUCUGAGUCCCAGCACCACCCUGGAGCAGAUGGAUUUCAGUGCCAUUGAUGCCAAACAGGACUACACUUCCAGCGCUACCGCAGUGAGCUAUGGUCAGGCCAUGUCCAGUCCUCACAUGCAACAUCAGAAUCGUUCACCCAACUUCUUCCUCCAGGAUGCCUCUCAGACCAGCCAGGCUCAGCAGGGGAGGCCCAGCAUGGGCCAGAAAACACAUUUGAUGGAGCACAACUCUCAUGACUCUGGAGCUUAUAUGGGGAUGCAGGUAGUGAAGACUGACUCCCCUGGCAGCAACGGCCACCUCCAUCAUCACCACCAGGCCCACCAGACCCAGCACAGGGCCAACUGUAAUGGAGGAUCGCCCACAGAGGGGCCCGGCCAGGCUGGCUCUCUCCAGCUGCUACAGUACCAGGGGACUUUUCCUGGGCUGGGCACUGAGCAUGAAGAGGUGGUGGGUCUAGAGCAGCCAGGCAGUGUGAGUUCAGCUCAGGCUGGAGCCACUGAGAAUGGAGCUGAGAAUCUGCUCAAGCAAGGAGACCACAUUCAGGCCUGUGGGGCAGGAAACGGAGAGGGAGGGGGUGCAGAGCACUACAUGCAACAGCCCUCGGAUGGUGGCGGAGCAGGAACUGGAGGCGGAGGAGAAGGGGUUGCAAUUCAUAAUGGAAACAGCAACAGUGAUGGCAGCAACCGCUCGCAGCAGCAACAGCAGCUGCAGCCUCUCCUCCAGGGCACAAACAUGGUCCAGGGACUCUACAACGCUGUGGGAACCCACCAAGGCCUAGGUGGAGCUGCCAGUAAUGGUGGAGCCGGAGGGACAGGCAUGGAGAUCAGUCUGGACCACUUUGACAUCUCUUUUGGUAACCAGUUCUCUGACCUCAUAAAUGAUUUCAUCUCAGUGGAUGGCAGUGGAACCACCAUGUCUGCUGGAGGCGCCCUAUAUGCUCACCAGCUAGUCACAUCCCACAGCUCUGAUAGUCAGAACACAGCUGGUGGGCCUCCCCAGCAAGGCCAGGAAGAUGGAGGUGCCAGGGGCUCUGGCUACAACCCUUCAGAGCUCUGCCUUCAACCCUGCUGCAGCCCCCAGUCUCUGAGUGGAGGAGCAGGAGCAGGGGGAAACACAGGAGAGGCAGGCUCGUUGUCCUACAUGAAUGUAGCAGAGGUGGUUUCUGCAGCUGUGGCCCAGGGGAUGGGGAUGCUCCAGGCCACAGGCCGGCUCUUCAUGGUCACUGACUACUCACCUGAGUGGUCCUAUCCUGAGGGGGGAGUUAAGGUGCUGAUCACUGGGCCCUGGCAAGAGGCCAGCUCAAACUACAGCUGCUUGUUUGACCAGAUCUCUGUUCCGGCCUCGCUCAUCCAACCAGGGGUGCUGCGCUGCUAUUGCCCAGCUCAUGAUACAGGUCUGGUGACGCUACAGGUGGCUGUCAGUAACCAGAUCAUCUCCAACUCGGUGGUGUUUGAGUACAAGGCCCGCGCUCUUCCUUCACUGCCAUCAUCUCAGCACGACUGGCUCUCGCUGGAUGAUAACCAGUUCAGAAUGUCUAUCCUGGAGCGCUUGGAGCAGAUGGAGAGGAGGAUGGCGGAGAUGGCCAGCCACCAGCAGUCGAGCAGAGGAGGAGGAGGAGGUGGGGGAGGAGGCGGAGGAGGUGGAGGAGGGGGCAACAACAGCCAGUCACAGUGUGUAUCUGGCCAGAUGCAGGCCAGCAGCUCCUUUGAGAGCCGUGUCGUGGUGGUCUGUGAGAAGAUGAUGAGCAGAGCUUGCUGGGCCAAGUCCAAACAUUUAAUCCACUCCAAGACCUUCAGAGGCAUGACGCUCCUUCACCUGGCUGCAGGCCAAGGCUACGCCACCCUCAUCCAGACACUCAUCAAGUGGCGCACCAAGCAUGCUGAUAGUAUUGAUUUGGAGUUAGAAGUGGACCCUCUCAAUGUAGAUCACUUCUCCUGCACACCUCUGAUGUGGGCAUGUGCACUGGGUCACCUGGAGGCAGCAGUGGUUCUGUAUAAAUGGGACAGACGUGCCCUAGCUAUCCCAGAUUCUCUGGGACGCUUACCCCUCUCGAUUGCCCGAUCUCGCGGCCAUACCAAAUUGGCUGAAUGUCUGGAGCAGCUACAAAGGGAAGAACAGCAACCACCAGCCCCUCUACCACCCACAACUCGCAUGUCUUUCUCCCCAGCCCCUGAUACCCCCACCACAGAAAGCUGGAUGGUCAGCUGGGCAAACAACAGUGUAGUAGCACCCAGCGGCAAGAAAGGGGGUCCUGCCACCACGACAACCACAUCCAGCACCACAAACCUCAAUCCAGACUUAAGAAGGCCCAGAUCCGAACCCUCAAACUACUACAGCAGUGAGGGCCAAAGAGACCUCCCACUAGCUAAAAAACAUAAACCCAACCCAGAACUGUUUCAGACUCGGCCUGACAAGGCCAUGUCUGUUCCUCUGAGCCUGGAGCAGCAACAGCUCCACAAGCUGUCCUCUAGCCCCAAGAGCCUGUCCUCAGAGGGCCUGAGCUCAGACAAAGGCCUGUCUACAGGAGGCAGCACAGGGACAACCAGAUGGACCUCCAGAGAGAGUUUCUCCAGCAGCAGCUUGGGGAGGAAGGCGCUGGGGGUCAGUGGAAGCAGCAGCCUGGGGAAGGAGAAGCUGGUCAACCGGUUACGUCAGCGGGAACAGCUAGGCAUGCUGGUGAUGGCAGACAGAGAAAUGGCUGAUGCUGAACUAUUAUCCUAUCGGGAAGAUCUGGAGAACCAGGACUGUCUCACGCAGAUGGACGACCUGCAGGUAAAUAUGAUGACUCUGGCAGAGCACAUCAUUGAAGCGACGCCAGAGAGAAUCAAACGGGAGAACUUCACCGCCGCAGACUCUGUGCCGUUAGACACGUCAGGGGUCAGCAACACCAUGAACUGGCUGGCCAACUACCUGGGAGAUGUGGAACAGCUGCCGAGCAUCAUACACCUACGAUCUCUGUAUAAUGAACCCCUGACCCCAUCGUCCAACCCCAGCCUCAGUCCUGGGGGGUCUCCAUUGAGAGAGGGGCCCCUGGAGAGGUCUACAUUCCCAUCCCCAGCUGACUGGAGUGAGUUCAUCAAUGCCUCCAACAGCAAGGUGGAGCGAGACCUGGCCCAGCUGACUCUGUCAGAUCCAGAGCAGAGAGAGCUGUAUGAGGCCGCCCGCCUAGUCCAAACUGCCUUCCGCAAGUACAAGGGGCGGCCGCUCAGAGAGCAACAGGAAGUAGCUGCUGCUGUUAUUCAACGUUGUUACAAGAAAUACAAACAGCUAACUUGGAUAGCCUUGAAGUAUGCACUUUAUAAGAAGAUGACGCAGGCCGCCAUCCUUAUCCAGAGUAAAUUCCGCAGCUACCACGAGCAGAAGAAGUUCCAGCAGAGCAGGAGGGCUGCCGUGCUCAUUCAGCAAUACUACCGCAGCUACAAGGAGUUUGGCAGGCUGAAGCCCCACCACCGCGGGGCUGCUGCUGCCCUGGUGCAGCACAAACUGAGAGGUAGUCUGCUCACAAAGAGGCAGGAUCAGGCUGCCAGGAAGAUCAUGAGGUUCCUACGUCGCUGCCGCCACAGCCCCUUGAUGGACCAUAGACUGUUCAAGCGGGUGAGUGCAGCCUCAGCAACUCAGGUGAAAGAAUUGAAAAGGGCCAGGGAACAUGAGACCCCUCAGAAGAGCCCCCUCGCGAUGUGA